CUGAUGAAUGAGCAUAUUCCAUAGAACAUGGUAACCAUACCCCCCAAGGCUCAUGCCAUUGUUAGCUGUAUUGCCUUUCUCUCACCCAUUUGAAAAUAAAGUUUUUGUCCCAUGAUCGUAGUAUCAUUUUAAAAUCAUAUGACUAGACAUUAUAUUAAAGUCACAACAUUUUAUUGUAUAUAGUCAACAGAUUUUAAAAGUGAAACAUCUGAGUUCGUAAUCGAGUUGGUGUCGCCGGAACCGAGUCAACUCAGACAAUGCUGGGAACUCGGCGAUUCCGUCAAAUUCAAAGGUGGUGCCGCCGCAACACCCUCACCUUCCUCUGCCUCUUCCCCACCGUCCUCGUCCUCCGCGGCACCAUCGGCACGCCGGAGCAAGACCUCAACGAGUUCCGCAACCACCUCUCCGCCGCCCGCACCCGUCGCGUACUAGAAGAAAAAACUCAACCCGACGGCGGCGACAAUAACAACCACCACGCCACCUUCGACCUCUCGAAAAUCCUCGUCGACGAAGACUCCGGCGACGACGAAAAGCGUGACACAAACGCAGCCUACACCCUCGGCCCAAAGAUUUCAAACUGGGACGAGCAGCGGCGUGAGUGGCUCCGGAACAAUCCGGGUCACCGGAGCUUCACCGGACCGAACAAGCCUCGGGUCCUUCUGGUAACUGGGUCGUCGCCCAAACCAUGUGAGAAUCCGGUGGGUGAUCAUUACCUUGUGAAGUCGAUUAAGAACAAGAUAGACUAUUGCAGGGUUCAUGGGAUUGAGAUUUUCUACAACAUGGCUCUGUUGGAUGCUGAAAUGGCAGGGUUUUGGGCCAAGCUUCCUCUGAUUCGGAAGCUUUUGCUGUCUCACCCUGAUGUUGAGUUUCUAUGGUGGAUGGACAGUGAUGCUAUGUUCACUGACAUGGCAUUUGAGGUGCCUUGGGAAAGGUAUAGGAAUCACAACUUUGUGAUGCAUGGUUGGAAUGAGAUGGUGUAUGAUGAGAAGAAUUGGAUUGGUUUGAACACUGGGAGUUUUCUGUUGAGGAAUUGUCAGUGGUCUUUGGACAUUCUUGAUGCUUGGGCACCAAUGGGGCCUAAAGGGAAAAUCAGGGAUGAGGGUGGGAAACUGCUCACUAGGGAGCUGAAAAACAGGCCUGUUUUUGAAGCUGAUGAUCAAUCUGCUAUGGUUUAUUUGUUGGCUACUGAGAGAGGGAAAUGGGGUGAUAAGGUUUACCUUGAGAAUGGUUAUUACUUGCAUGGUUAUUGGGGGAUUUUGGUGGAUCGUUAUGAGGAGAUGAUUGAGAAUUUUCACCCUGGUUUUGGGGAUCAUAGGUGGCCUUUGGUUACUCACUUUGUGGGUUGCAAGCCAUGUGGUAAGUUUGGGGAUUACCCUGUUGAGAGGUGCUUGAAACAGAUGGACCGUGCUUACAAUUUUGGGGACAACCAGAUUUUGCAGAUGUAUGGGUUCACUCACAAGUCACUUGCUAGUCGCAGGGUGAAAAGAGUGAGGAAUGACACUAGUAAUCCUACUGAUGUUACAGAUGAGUUUGGGUUGCUUCAUCCAGCUUUCAAAGCUAUCAAGCUUCCACCCUCUUCUUCAUGAUGAUGAUGGAAGGCUUAUGAAGGUUAUAAUUAGCUUUGAGUUCUUGCAUGUUUGGAUCAAUUUAUCUUUCCUCGUAAUCAAUUUUGACACUCAUGAACCACUCGCAUGAGCUUCUUCACAUAAUUUGAUUUUGACUCCAGGCACUUCAGUCUUCAAGUGUAGAUAUUGGUUGUGUUCCAACUUCCUACAACUAUUCAUUCACCUGCUGCCAUUGAAAAAGUGUGUAAUUGUUAGCUUUUCAUCAUCAUAGCCAUAGCUAUAGCGUCUCAAAGUUGUAAUCUUCAAUUAAUUUUGCUUUUACUCAUCAUUCUUUUAACUAAUUACAUUUUUUUCUUGUUCAUUUCUCACUUAAGUCUAUGUGGGAUGCUAAUGCUAUGCUGGUGACUCCAAACCAUUUUUCUUAAGUGUAAGUUACAAUUGGACAGAGGUUGAAGUUUUAUGUUUCAGAAAGCAUGAUUGUAGCACGGGCAAAUGUAAGGUUUGUUGGUAAAUGUAGCAUCGACCACAAAUCGCCGCUAAUUGCCAGCGGCCAGACACUACAUUUGCUGAUGAUUUUAGUGUUCGUCUAAGCUGAAGCUAAAUGUCCUACCUUAUGUUAAUUGACAUAAGGUAGUUAAGUGGGUGUUUUUCCGCUAAUGAGCGAAAAUUGGCGUUCGUGUUGUGGAUGAUGCUAAUUUUGAAUGUU